CGGCUGCAGGUUGGCUCCCAUCGCCGGAUUGCUCCCCGCCAGGCUCGCUCCCCGAGAAGCUAAGUGCUGGGAGUGAGAGGAAGGGGAUGGAACGCUGUUGAACUUUUACAUGGUGGUCUCAGCACUCUUGAGGGGUGAAAUUCACCUCGAUCGCCCAGGUGGGAAGGCUCCUUGCGAGCUCCAACAGUUGGGAGAGGUUGCCGCUUACAUGUAGGCGAAAGGACUCCUGUGGAAGAUGGAACCCUAUGCCUGUUUUCCAGAGUGUGUUUCCAGACCCAUCAAUGAAACAUGCUGCUGCUGCUCUGUGUUGAAAUGCUUGAAGAGCAUCCUGUUAAUCUACCGGCGCCUUCCAUCCUACUGAAACCAUGGUCUUCUCCGCGGUGUUGACUGCGUCCCAUGCUGGGGCCACCAACACAACGUUCGUAGUCUAUGAAAACGCGUACAUGAAUACUACGGUCCCUCCACCAUUCCAGCAUCCUGGCUUCGGUCCGCUGCUUAGAUACAGUCUUGAAACUCUGGCUCCCACUGGGAUGAGUUCCUGGACAGCGAAUAGCACAGCUGUACCCCCAACACCAGCAGCUUAUAAGAGCCUAAACUUGCCUCUCCAGGUCAUCCUCUCUGCUCUAAUGAUAUUUAUUCUGUUCGUGUCUUUUCUUGGGAACUUGGUGGUUUGCCUCAUGGUUUACCGGAAAGCUGCCAUGCGAUCUGCCAUUAACAUCCUCCUGGCCAGCCUGGCGUUUGCAGACAUGUCGCUAGCAGUGCUGAAUAUGCCCUUUGCCUUGGUAACUAUUCUUACUACCAGGUGGAUUUUUGGGAAAUUCUUCUGUAGGGUAUCUGCUAUGUUUUUCUGGUUGUUUGUGAUAGAGGGAGUAGCCAUCCUGCUCAUCAUUAGCAUCGAUAGGUUCCUUAUUAUAGUCCAGAGGCAGGAUAAGCUAAAUCCGUACAGGGCCAAGGUUCUGAUUGCAGUUUCCUGGGCAACUUCCUUUUGUGUAGCUUUUCCUUUGGCUGUAGGAAACCCAGACCUACAGAUACCUUCCCGAGCCCCCCAGUGUGUGUUUGGGUACACAACUAGUCCGAGUUACCAGGCUUAUGUGGUUCUGAUUUCUCUCAUUUCUUUCUUUAUACCCUUCCUGGUGAUACUGUAUGCGUUUAUGGGCAUACUCAACACGCUUCGGCACAACGCCUUGAGGAUCCACAGCUACCCUGAGGGCAUAUGCCUCCGCCAGGCCAGCAAACUGGGUCUCAUGAGUCUCCAGAGGCCCUUCCAGAUGAGCAUCGACAUGGGCUUUAAAACGCGUGCCUUUACCACCAUUUUGAUUCUCUUUGUUGUUUUCAUUGUCUGCUGGGCCCCAUUCACCACCUACAGCCUUGUGGCGACGUUCAGUGAGCACUUUUACUAUAAGCACAACUUUUUUGAGAUUAGCACCUGGCUACUUUGGCUCUGCUACCUCAAGUCUGCAUUGAACCCACUGAUUUACUACUGGAGGAUUAAGAAAUUCCAUGACGCCUGCCUGGACAUGCUGCCUAAGUCCUUCAAAUUUUUGCCACGGCUCCCUGGUCACACAAGGCGCCGGAUACGCCCCAGUGCUGUCUACGUGUGUGGGGAACAUCGGACGGUAGUGUGAAUAUUGGAACUGACUGACAUGUUGGGUGAUGGUUGUUCUUUAUCUGACUUUGAAUUUUCUUUCACAUGGCUUCUCCACUUACACUGCAUUGUUUUUUGUUCUUUUUUAAAAUAGGGGUGUGAGUGUGUGUGUGUGUGUGUGUGUGUGUGUGUGUGUGUGUGUGUGUGCAGUGUAAAGAAAGAAUUGUGGCUAGUUAUAAUUCUGUUACCCAGGAUACACAAUAUGGAAGUGAUUACAAAUGUUACCUCCAGGGUUCAAGAGAAAUUCUAGGUUUAGGCUGGGGAGAUGGGUUUUUGUUCUUUGAUUGCCUUUGUUUUUGAAGCAGGAAUCAGGAUUGGGCUUUAUUGAGCCUGCAGUUACACUGAAUUGUAGGUGUUUUGUAUGCUGCUAAGGGAUGGUUAAA